GGCGAGACAGAGUGGUCCAUCAAUGGUGCGCAGCCAACUAACUCGCCGCACCUUCCUUCCUCCCUAUGUCAGCUGUCAACUAACAGCAGGUCGUCACGUACGCUCCGCCCCACAUACUCUCAACUAACCCCAGACUGGGACGAGUGACAUCCCGCUGACCGAGAACGGUGUCAGAAUGGUGCGGGAAAUGGCCCCUCGCAUGAUCGGCGCCGACAAGCUUAUCGACCCCGCCCACGUCCGCCACAUUGUCGUCUCACCGCGCACCCGCGCUCAGGUCACGGCCAAGCUCCUUUUUGAGAAGGACAUGCCUCCCGAGUGCUCGUGGGAGACGGACCCCGACAUCGCCGAGUGGGACUACGGCGCGUACGAGGGUCUCCUGACCAAGGAGAUCCGGGCCAAGCACCCCGGAUGGGAGAUCUGGCGUGAUGGAUGUCCCCCGGGGAACGGUACGCCCGGAGAGACCCCAGAGCAGAUGUCGGACCGUGUCGACCGCGUCAUUGCCCGUAUCCGCGAGCUGCACGCCCAGGCGGAGAGUGCGCCCGAUGACGAAGUCGACUAUGCGGAUGUCAUCCUCUUCUCGCAUGGCCACUUCACGCGCUCGUUCAUCGCGCGCUGGUGCCAGCUGCCAAUUGCGGCGGGGUACAACUUCUCUUCGGACGCCGGUGGUCUUGCCGUCCUCGGUUACCAGCAUAUGUCUCUGAAAGAGCCUUCGCUACUCGGCCUCAACUGGUACACCGAGUACCAGAUGAAGACGGUCCGUUGAGCUUCCCUCCUCUGCCCUCGAGCACAGGCUCUAGAUUCGACUCCGUAUACUGGCAUAGGCACUGUGAGCGCAC